UCAUAUCCCCUCCCAUGUCAAAAACCUAAAUACACCACUGGUUUAUAUACAUUUAUUUAUCCGAUUCAAUGAAAGAAUACGAUGCGGCUUUAUGAAAAUCAAUUUUUCUGCAUAUCCAUACAUUACCAGCGAGCAGGUUCCACAGGUUCCACUAUAGCGGGAUGUCUUGUGAAAAUACGCUUUAUUGCCGUGGCCCGUGUUCUGUCGCUGAAUAAUGUACUUAAUAGACACAUGCGAGGACGUGAAUUUAUAAAAAUAGGUAUGUUUUCAACAUUGAAACGUUUGGCAAACAAAACUGUAGAAAAAGAUUCAACUGUUAAUACUGCUGCUCAUCCAAAAGCAUUGCCUCAAGAUUUACAACGUUCUUUUUCUAAAGGAAUUCAAUAUAAUUUGAAAUUAGUUAUCAAAGGAGAUAGAAAUGUUGGUAAAACUUGUCUAUGGAACCGUCUACAAGGAAAGCCAUUUCUAGCAAAUUAUGAAGAAACAGAUGAAAUCCAAGUUGCUCAUAUUCAAUGGAGUUAUAAGAACACCGAAGAUGUUGUAAAAGUUGAGGUGUGGGAUGUAGUUGAUAAAGGAAAAAGAAGACCGUUGACAUCUUCUAAGUCCUGUGAUGUUUUAAAAACUGAACAUGAUAAAGUUAAAUUAUCUCCUGUACCAGUAGAAGAUACUCCUGUUUUGGAUGCCGAACUAGUUGAUGUUUACCGAUGUACAAAUGGUGUCUUACUAGUGUUAGACAUCACUAAAAGAUGGACAUUGGAUUAUGUAUACAAUGAAUUACCUAAAAUUCCUGAUAAUAUUCCAGUAUUAGUAUUAGGAAACCACUGUGAUAUGAAUCAUCAUCGCAGUGUCAAUGGAGAUGAAAUAAUUUAUUAUUUGAAAACACUAAACAGGAGUACACCUAUUCGGUAUGCUGAAGUCUCAAUGUCAAAUGGUUUUGGUCUACGGCUAAUUUAUAAAUGGAUUGGUAUUUCAUUUUUACAACUCCAGCGUGAAAAUAUAAUGAAUCAUUUAGAAACAAAUGGAAGUGAAACUAAAAUUAUGACUAUGGAAUUAGAUGUUUACCAACAGAGUAAUGAAGCAAAUUAUGAUGAAUUUUUAUCUAGAUUAUCUAAACAACGUAGAGCUGAUGCAGAGAACAAAUCAGUGACCCCAACUUUACCUUUACCUUUAUUAAAUAAACCAUCACCUAAUAUAAAAGAAAUAAAAUCUCCAGUUGAAAACUCAAAAAUAAUGGAUUCCAAGACACAAGAUAUUGCACAAAAAAUGUUUCCUGGAAAUAAGUCUAAUGUUGUGCAAAUAGAAUUAAAGAAAGAUGUUAACAUUUCUAAAGAAGAGCCUCAUAUAAAAACACCUUCAAAUUUAAACAUUAACAACUUAGAUGAUUUUGUCCCUGAUGACGAAUUAGAUAAAUCAUUUUUAGAAGAUGCAGGUCAUGGGGAUAUUGUUGUUAAAACAUCUAAAGAAACAGAGUUGAAUUCUGAUGAAAGUGAUGAUGACUGUGGAAAUCCUAUGGUAGCAGGUUAUCAAGCUGAUGUAGAUCCUGAUGAUUUUACACCAGAUAUUGGUAGAAUUAAGAUUGAAAAGAACAACAUUGAGGCAAAUGAUAAUAAUUGGUCUUCUAUUCAAAAUACCACAAGACCAAGACCAGAAGGUGGAGAAGACGAAGAAAUAAAACCACAUGUAGAUGGAUUAAGUAAUGUUGCUAUUAAAAAGGUAAAAGAAAAAAAAAGCAAGAGCAAAAGUGAAAAAAAGAAUAAAAAGAAGACUAAUAAUUCUAAAUCUGAGUAUGAAAACUUAGAAUGUUUUUUGAAUGAUGAAUAAUGUUGAUUAAUGUUUAUAUUUUAUACUAAUAGAAUAUUUAUUGUUUUGUUUUAAAUAAAUUCUAUUGUAUUAACAA